CCCGCCGGACUUCCUGCAGAACCAUGGAGCUGCUGGUCUCGCUCUGCCUGGCUCUCACGCUGGCCGCCCCAGGGACGACGACGACUCACGGCUACCGCAUGACCACCGACGGCUACGGCCCAGCUGUUUCAGAUUACCCAGAAUCCUUCAGGACCACCGAUGGCUACGGCCCAGUUGUUUCAGAUUACCCAGAAUCCUUCAGGACCACCGACGGCUACGGCCCAGUUGUCUCAGAUUACCCAGAAUCCUUCAUGACGACCGACGGCUACGGCCCAGUUGUCUCAGAUUACCCAGAAUCCAUCACGACCACGAUCGACAGUUUCCCCAGGUUUGAAACACCAUCACCAUCUCCUGGAGCCACGACGUCUGGUACCAGUACCACCGGUACCACCACCACAUCUGGGGCCAGUACCAUCGGGACCACCCCUACGUCUACCACUAGUAACGCCACCACGUCUGGUACCAAUGGAACCAGUAACGGCACCACGUCUGGUACCAAUGGAACCAGUAACGCCACCACGUCUGGUACCACUGGAACCAGUAACGGCACCACGUCUGGUACCAAUGGAACCAGUAACGGCACCACGUCUGGUACCAAUGGAACCAGUAACGGCACCACGUCUGGUACCAAUGGAACCAGUAACGCCACCACGUCUGGUACCAAUGGAACCAGUAACGCCACCACGUCUGGCACCAAUGGAACCAGUAACGCCACCACCUCUGGUACCAGUGGAACCAGUGACGGUUCCUCUGCCACCUCAGCGGUUUCCCCUAGCAACGCCACCGUCACAGGAUCAAGCAGUACCACGGCGACGGGGAACGGAACCACAACCGCCGGAAACUCCUCUAUUUCCACGACCAGUGACCCGACAGCUGCCCCCACCACGGCCCCCACCACGACCCCGACCCCGAGUCUGGGUCCGCCGGUAUCCACCAAUGCCAGCACCGACCAGACCCGGACCACCACGGCCCCCACCACGACCCCGACCCCAAGUCUGGGUCCGCCGGUAUCUGCCAGCACCGACCCGACCCAGAGCACCACGGCCCCCACCACGACCCCAACCCCGAGUCUGGGCCCGCCGGUUCCCCCCAGCACCGACCCGACCCAGACCACCACGGCCAGCAGGACCGGCGGGUGGGUUCCUGGCUGGGGAAUCGCUCUCCUGGUUCUGGCGGCUCUGGUUCUGCUGCUGCUGUUGCUGCUGCUGCUGGCGCUGUUGCUGUGGUGCUGCCGGCGGCGGCGCAACAAGGCCUUCAGCCCCUACGACAACCUGCCCCCCCUGGACGACAUCCCGCUGUACACCACCCACAGCCGCUUCGACGGGGCCAACGGGGCCAACGGGACCAACGGGGGCCACUACGAGGAGCUGGAGAAGUCCAUGAAGAACCGGACGGGGAUUUACACCAUCAACCAGUGAGGCUCCGCGCCACCGCGCUGCCGCACUGCCGCGCCACCGCGCUGCCGCACUGCUGCGCCACCGCACCGCCACGCCGCCUCCACAUGAGUUCUGAGGGUGUUUAGUAUUUAUUUCAGGUGCAGGACGAGGAAAAAUUAUUCUGGGUUUUAACUUGAUCAAUAAAAGCUCUUG